AUGUGCUCAGAUGUCAAUGUGUAUUUUAACUUACCAUUUUUGCUCUGUGAGCUCACACUGACUCUCUUCAGACUUACUCAGCAUUGUGACCAAAUCCAUCAGGCUGUAGAAGAAUUCAAAGAGCAGUAUAGUGAAAAGAACACCGUCAGCAUUGAGAAGCUCCUGCAUAAUGACUAUAUGUCAUCUGAGUACUCAUACUCUGGCGAGACAGAAUUAGAUGCCCACAAAGAUCCUCAAGAAAGCAGGAAGCUUGAGGACCACAAUGGCAGAUGUGCCACCAAGCUCUGUGUUCGUGGUGUCUCUGACAAGAACUAUGAUGGACCGCCACCAAAGAGUCGCCCUCUCUUUGCAAGCUAUGUCAAUAAUGAUUGGGCUCAGUGUACCAGUAUGAUUGGUCAUUUCAAAGUUCUUGCUGAUUUCGAGGACUAUAUGAUUUUCAAGUUGAACAUUCCUGAUAACGACUUACUAAGCCACUUCCAUCAUGCUGGCCAUUCUGACUCCGCAGAAGCAGGCAGUGGUCAAUCUGGUGAUGAAGCUAAUGAGAAGAAUGCAUAG